UCGACAGUCGCAGUCGGAUCAGAGAGCGGCGGAAGGAAGGGGAGCGAGCGAGCAGAAGCAAAGGAGGCGGAGGGGGAGAUGGGGUUCAUGCUGCGGGUGAGGCUGGCCUCCUUCUUCGCGGGCGCGGCCGCCGCGGCGGCCGGCGGCAGCUACUUCCUCUACAAGGACUACAAGCUCGCCCACGACUCCACGGCCCUCAAGGUGAAAGGUCUCCACGACCAUGUGGACGCCCGUUACAAGGCUCUCGACAAGCGACUUGCAGCUCUGGAAGCCCAGAAAAGCACCGACUCCUCUCCGGCUGUGGACGCGCCAUCGGGCUAGUCGUCCGUCUGUGGACGCGCCAUUGGGCUAGUCGUCCGUCUGUCCAUCACGAGGCUUGACAAGUGGAUGAUUCAAAGUUUGUUUACUUUUAACAUGCGCGCGCUAUCUGCUUCUCCUUUGAAGGCAAGGGGCCUGUGACUGACAGCGAAAUAAUCUAGCCAAUGGUUUUUAUUUUGUUGUGUGGGCAAGAAGAAUCUUGUUUUUUGUUGCAUGAUGAUGGGAUACAUCAGAUCUUUGCACACCAUUUCACA